AUGUCUCUGGACCCUGAUCAAUCACACGCAGCCGAACAAGAACGUAUUCAACAUCUCGCACUCCUGCAAUCGCCACCUCGCUCUGCCCAACAUGACGAUGCUUCCACACACACAGCGCCUGGCGCAUCUGACGUCCUCACACAGGAUGCAGAUCCGCACGACAAGGGCAAGCGGCGCGAAUCGCAUCCUGGCACACACACCGUCCCCACAACCGUAGUCCGCGUCACUGAUCCUCAGCUGGCCGAUAGCGACUGGUCUAAGGCAAAUGGUCACCUGAACGCGUUCGCUGCGCAGCCAGCGACUCCCGCCAUCGACAUUGCUCGCAUAGCCCCCGAGCUGCUUAUGCGCAUCUUUGCCUUCCUCGAUCCCAUCUCGCUCUCACGCGCCGCCGCCGUCUGCCGCUCCUGGGCCGCCAUCGCACGCGACGACGCUACCUGGAGGGCCGCCUUCUCCACCUACUUUAGCCUCGAGGCAGCCCAAGCACACCGCACCGCGUCACUAGAGGCGUCCGCCACACCAGCCCUACGUCGCCUCACCACCUCGUCAUGGCGCCAUGAGUUCCAACAACGCGUCGAUCUCCUCCGCCAAUGGCGUAAAACACGCACACCCACCGUAUUGUCAACGCCGCGCGUGGAUCUCAUCAAGAAGAUCUCUUUGUCGAAGCAGCAUAACCUGCUCAUCUCGGCCACCGACACAUAUGGCGUCGCUUCGCGUUCCAACCCGUGGACCGGAAAGGUUAUCAAAGGCUACCUCGAUGCCGAAGGCACCGCCAACGGCGCCGGAAAUGGAAACCCGAACGUCGAAUUCAGCCCUAACGUCACUGCGAUCAACACCAGCUCCGACGCUUCUCAUAUCUUUUGGGGUUUCCGCUCCGGAGAAGUGGCCAUGACCGUCCUGUCAAGGCAAGGUACCAACGCGAGAGGCGCUGUGAAGAAUUCGAGGUUCACGCCUCGUGCUUCUCAUUCAGGGCCUGUCACGGCCAUCGCCAUCCCAUUUGCUAGCGACAGCGACGGUGCCCACGGUCCAGGUCGCAGUCCGGAACGUUCACGCCAGGCCACUGCAGCGCUCGGUGAUGUCGCAUCAACGUUCGUCACUGCUGGGUAUGACGGAACGGUACGCAUGUGGUCUGCAAACCGUUCUUGGCCGCUUUGGAUCGCCUCGUGCUCGACCAAGACGCCCAUCCCGAAUGCCAUGGCUACAGCGACGCCAGCGCAGACCAAUUCGGAGCCGGCGGCGCCAAUCUGCGCACUCGCAUACGACGCAAGAAAUGGUAUCGUCGCAGCUGGAAGCACCAACGGCAAGGUCUUCGUCUGGUCCAAUCUCGACGUGGCGGCCUUGCUCCGCGUCCCUGCAGAAGCUACCGACCCAGAUCACCUUCGCAACGGCGAUCCAACGCAGCAGACGUUGGAAGCACAGGCUCACUUCCUUCGUCUUUCACAGUCGAUCCGUGUGACCACUAUAGAUCUUCCACCGGGAGCUGCGGCGGAAGUAGCGAUCAGCUCUAUCCACAUCGACGCUGCUCCGUCGAUGGCGGGCAAAGGGACGGAUGCGGACUUGAGUGCGGAAGACUGUUCCAUCCUGGUGCAUCAUUCUGGCGCUCGAGUCUUGUUGCGUCAUCGAGUGUUUCAGGAUGCGUUGCUACCUGUAGAGACGACGGUGAUGGGUGCCGCGGUGAUGGAUGAGAUUACCGCGGUUAGGGUUGAUUUCGAGCCUCGCUUAGCGAAGCGCGAUCCUCGGUCCUCGGCCGUACAGAGUCCGUCGACUAGCGCAUACGCGUCGCCCAUGCUCGCCGCUCAGUCCGAUGCAGGAGGGGUCCAUAGUCCUUCGACGUUGAUACUCGGUCCGUCGAAAACUUACGAUGGAAGCGGUCAGUAUCCCGAACGCAAAUUCGUUGCUGUCGGCACCAGAGCUGGGUCCCUCUUCCUCUUCGAUUGGGAAAGCUCUGGCACCGCAUUCGACGAGUCUACGCAGCGCGAAUGGCAAGCAUCCUCCACGACGCCACGGUUCGUCGGAUCCAGACAACUGCUACCGUCGAUCGGUUGGGAAGCGCAUCACACGUCCAUCACCGCACUCGACAUCACACCUCUGUGCAUCUUUGUAGGUACAUCGGAUGGCACGAUCAAAGUGUACGAUUCCUUGUCGGGCGAUUUGAUCAAGACGAUCAACGAUCGAAGCGCGACGAGGAGGGACGGGAGGAUGUUGGCGAGCGGCGAAUUGAGUGGCGAGGAAGCGGCAAGGUGGAGGGUAGGUCAGAUCAUUGGUGAUGGGGAAGGCUUGGUUGCGUGUAUUGGACAUCAGGUGUUGGCGUUCAAGGUGGAAAAUGUGAAGCGGGAAGUGGCAGGGAUGGAGAAAGGGAAGGGCAGGGGUAAGGGUAGAUUGGGUGAUAGCAAAGGCGCGAGUCAGGUCGAGUUGAGGAGGGAUCUGAGGGAGAGCAGAGACGAGUUGGAGAAGGAGGAGAGGGAGAGGAGGGAGGAGUACGGUAGAAUCAGGAAGAGGAGGGAGAUGGAAGUGGAGGGGCUAAGCGAGCAAGAGGCGUUGGAGUAUGCGUUGAUGCUGUCGAGGGAUGAGGAGGCCGAGAUGGAGAGGGAGAAGGCGAGGGUCAGGGGAUACGUUCCAGGAUCGCAUGCUAGCUCGUCGAGGAAGAAGAUCGAGGUACCGGAGCAAGUGGUGGACGAUCCGGAUCUGGCAGAUGCGUUGGAACAAAUCGCGCUGGCCGAAUCGAAAGCCGAAGUGGAUCACAGAGAGUCGUUCUACGAUUCGAUCCCGAAGAGCUACCGGUUGUUGGAGGAUCAAGAUUUCGGAUCCACCGACGACCUCGACGACUCGUUGGAUGUGUAUCAUCGACCAGCGAGUGCUACACCGUCUCCAUCGGCGUCUCCGUACCUAUCCGGCGUCGGGUCACCGUCGAACUCCAGAGCGUGGACGAUCCUUUCGCAAGCAGGGUCGAACGUCAGUACGCCGUCCAGCGAUCGGUGGGGGAAGAUGUCCAAGGUCAGGACUGUGAACGUCCCCCGAUCUGCGCGGUCCACCCCCGGUGGCGAUGAGGGAGGAUGGAGUCUGGGAAGCAACCUAGAGGUGCCGGAGAUACAGAGUCCGACCGAAUUCCCGUUGAUGACCGGUUCCAGUGCAGGAUCGCCCGCAGGAGGCCCUAAGGAAGGCUUCUUCAGACGACCGAGUUCCACCGCCGCGCCCGGCUCGCUCGGCAGAUGGAACAAAAGCCCCAACCUACGACCCGUCGCCUCUCCACCCAGCGCCUGGAUCACCACCUCGAAGAACAGCAAUCGACCCUCGCUCCUCACCACUUCGUUGAAAUCCUCCAACGCACAGCCGGGAGACAAGGGAAAGGGCAAGGCAGCAGCAGCAGCCGAAGAGGAGUUGGACGACGACGUAAAGUUCGCCAUCCAGCUCAGUUUGGCCGAACAACGAUCGCAGACCGAGCAGUAG